GUUGCUCUCAUGGACAUACCCCAAUGUGUCCAAUCUGACCCUUGUUAUCUCCAUUUACAUAUACCGUCGGUGUAAUCAAGAAGGUGAAACCGCCAGGGACCGCAUACGAACCGCAUUGUCUCAGCCGCACUACAGGACUUAACAGCUUCGCUCGUUGCAUAUCCACUCUCACCAGCUCCAUGGUAUCUAGAAAUGUCUGAGGAAAUGCCGUCUUGGAGAUCUUUGGCUAGUGCUGCUUCACGCUCUCUCAAAAGCUACGCCGCUCAGCGCGAUCCCAGGAGAGCCCAAUAUACCGAUAGGAACAUCAGAGUAAACCCUCAAGCAUCUGAGCCCUCUUUUCGACAAGCUUGGGGCCAAUGGGCCGGGCAGAAGCUGCGAGGGCUAGGUCAGAAUGACGAGACUAAUGCUGGCCAGAUAGAGAAUCUCGCACUGUUCCCUGGCUGGGCUGCGAGGAAAUACCAGACAAUGAACGUAUUUUCUGAAGUCUCAGAUUGGAUUUCUGGCGUCGUCUGAUAGAUGAUGGUCAACUGCUGCGGAAAGAUUGACCUCAGCGGUGCAUGACCUAUUUAUUUUACAGACAAUGUUCAUUAUACUAUAUAUGUUAUUCUGGACAUCAUACUGACACCUUUGAACAUACAGAGGCACCGUUUGACGUUGAAGUGUUCGUAUCUGGCUUCUCCUCCCGUGUGAGCGGUCCCGGAUUUGGGACUCGCGCGGGAAAGACAUUCCUACGUCUGGCAAAAAGAUAUGCCGCAUUGCCAAAGCUAAUGGCAAUGAAUGGUACAGUUGGUACCAUGAAUUCUGCCGUUGUCGACUCUCGGUCGAAUUCACUCCAGCAAGAAGAAGAUUUGCUGGAUCUAUCAAGUCUACCCCCACGUCCAGAUGAGAUAACGGAAGAAUCUGAGCUGAAGGAGCUCGAGAGGCAACUUCAGGAGCUGGACACAGACACAUCAUCCCUGUAUUCAAGCGGUUCCUCAGUAUCUUCGAUGUCCAGUAACAGCAGCGCCCAACCUCAAGGCGGCUUCUCUGACAACCUUCAGAGAUUUCAUGCGAACCUGGAGGCCCGAUUACAUCCUUUCUGGUCUUCUGCUCUUGGCAACAGGACUGUCCGCCUUUCUGUAUUCUCCUGCAAUCCGGACUUGCAUGAGGCGUACAAGAGCCCUCCAUUAGGGGCCAUUGCUGAUGACGAAGAUGCGCCACAACGACAACCGAUAGCGACUAGAGAAGUUCAGACUGCUGCCGACGGUUCAUUCCAAAUGAAGUUCAAACUGCGGUGGGAGGACAUGUGUGUCCAUCCUGGUGCUGUUCAUAUAGCGUUCGGAGAUCCAAGAUUAGAACACGAAUUAUAUGUUCAAGCUCAAUUGCUUCCUCCACCUUCACGUCCACCAACGCCUUCAUCCUACUCCGCAUAUAAUAAUCCCAAUGCCUCCAGUUCGCAAUUCUUUACUCGACCAAGUGCGGAUGUCAUUCCUACAGUGGUCACAUGUAUCUCUGUACCCUUGACGCAUACCACUAUCCGACUCAUCUCGGACAUAGAUGAUACAGUGAAAAUGUCUGGGGUUCUGCAAGGCGCAAGAGCAUUGUUCCAGAAUGUGUUCGUCAAGGAUUUGGCGGACGGUGUAAUCCCCGGUAUGGGCGAUUGGUACACGAGUAUGUGGAGACGUGGGGUUCGCUUCCAUUACGUCUCCAACGGCCCGUUCGAACUCCUUCCCGUCGUGAAUGAAUUCAUACAACUCAGCCACCUUCCCCCAGGCUCGAUCAAACUCAAAUCCUAUGCAGGCCGGUCUCUCUUCAACGGUCUCCUCAGUGCCCCCGCCGAACGUAAACGAAUAGGAAUUGUAGAUGUCCUCGACAGCUUCCCAGACGCUCGAUUCUUCCUUGUAGGCGAUUCUGGGGAACAAGAUUUAGAAUUAUACGCGUCCCUCGCGAAAGAACGACCACACCAGAUCUUGGCUAUCUUCAUUAGGGAUGCUGGAGGCGAUAGAUCUUUACCAUUAGAAGACCCGACUGGAGAGAAAGGAAUGUUCGGCUGGGGCUGGGGGUCUUCGAAUGGUCAGGUGUCUGCAGCAAGUUCACCCACGAAGAUGUCUUUUAGUGAGAAGGACAGAGCGGGGUCCAGCAGUGGGUCGGAGAGUCCUCGCGUAUCACCCACACGCUCUUUCUCAGAUAUCCAAACCCCUCGACCGCGCACAGCACCUCGUCACACCGGAAGAAGUUCUACCAGGACAGCUUCCUACGCAGAUACUCCGGGACCUUCGGCUUACCCUUAUUUCGCACCUAGCUCUUCUCAAACAUACGGAAGUCCUCUUGAUGUGUAUCCUGGAGUGAUGGAUUCGUCCAUACCUAUCACUGAGGAACCUUCGGAGAUGCCUACACCCACAAUUCCCCUUCCUCCAGCAAAGGUUCCACUAAUGGCUACAUAUCCUCCUUCGCCUUCGCCUCCGCCUUAUGGAACUCACCCGACCCCAUCACCGCUUGCGAUACCGCCACGACCCGGUGCCUAUGACUCUCGAAUUUCGAGUCGGUCAAGUAAUAUGUCAUCACGUAUGAACUCGAUUGGUACGUUAGGUUCAGGCCCACAGGGACAAGUACUUUCUGAGCCUGAGAAGAGGCAGAAUGAACUGCAGACGAGGGUGUACAGGGCGAGGAUGGAGGUUCCCAGACAUAUUCCUUUGAGAGUUUUCAGGAGUCCAGAGGAGUGUUUUGAGGACGCAGGUGUGAUCUUGGAUGGGUUGCAUCUUGGUGUCGCUGGUUCGUGAAUGUAGUACUUGGCAGAGGCAGCCCUGUGGGCUUAGCAUUUUUGCACAUGCUAUUGGAUGGAUGGAUUAGCUUAUAAUAUCGCAUAUAUGCACGUAUGACCAUGCACUCAAGUAGAAUGAUCCUGAUUUGUAGCUGUUGUACAGUACUAUAAUGAACGGUGUAGAAAUAUGUACAAGUCACACUACUCGGGUAUCCGUAUCCUGCCUAUCGUCACAAAUGUCAACGCAUGAGGUGUAAGAACCUAAGGGGUUCAUGCAGCAGUGGGAACGGGUAUAGGAAGGGGUUCGGGUGCGUUCUCUCGCUUGACCUGUCUCGUUACCUCACGAGCUUUCAACGUAGACUCUAUAUCUGCAAGUAUCUGACCCAUUUC